GACGGUGCGCUAUAAAUACUACCUAGCCUAGAGGUAUUGGAAUGCUCGGGUAAUGACGGCAUAGGGCUACUUUUCAGUUUACUCUCGAAAAGUGCUAGAGCCCCUCUAGAGACGCUCCAAUAGAAGUGUUUAAUCAUCGUUAUUAGACAUAGCCGCCUACCCUCCUACCUGACUAAAUCCACUUCUCCAAUAUCACACCACCGCCUAAAGGGGGCGACCACUCGUUUUUUUCAAACUGAUGCAGCGCUUCGUCCGCCGACUAAGUACUAUCUCAUCAUCUUCACGGCUAGCACAGAUCGCAUUUCACCUGGCCUACGAACCUAUCACCCGUCGCACAAUGGCUACGGUAUCUACUUUAGGCCCGGCGCCUUGGCGAAAGCUCUUUCUGGACCACGUACAGACAAUGCCGUCUCCGGAAUUCAGCCUCGCCACAGUCCGCAAAACUUCUUCCCUCACGGGCCUCGCGUACGCGCCGCGGACCCGUACGUGCGUCUUCCGCGGCUUGUUCGCGGACUUACCCGUGAACCCUAAGAACGAGGCCGAGCUCAACCCGGAUAUCUACGAAAGCGACUUCCUGACGCUGACUACGGACUGCCGCAUGGAUAAGAUGGCAGAGCUAUUCGACGUGGACGCCGAUGACGGCGCGAACGAGGGGCUGCUUAGGGGAUCGGGGGGCGGCGCGCCUGUUGAAGCUGUGUUCUGGGCGAGGGAGAAAGGCACGCAGUGGCGCGUCAGAGGGAAGGCGUGGGUCCUCGCCCCGGACAUCGAGGGCUCGGCUGAGGGCAGACAGGUGAUCACGAAACUCCGCGCGCGCAUGCGGAGGAGGAAAAACGCCGGGUCGGAGCCUGCGGACGGCAGGCUGUGGAGUUUCGGCCGCGAGGUCACGGCGCAUUUCGGAAACUUGAGUCCGCAGAUGCGAGGGACGUUCCGGAACCCGCCGCCGGGAACGCCGGUCGCGCUGCCGGUUAAGGAUGGAAGGUUGGGGCUUGGGCAGAAGGUGGGGGAUUUGGAGGAUGAGGUUGCGAGGGGGAAUUUUAGAGUCGUGGUUAUUGUCCCGGAUGAGCUGGACCAGGCUGAUUUGAGCGAUCCGGAGGCUCCGAGGAGGUGGUUGUAUACGUUUGUCGGGGGUGGGAAGACGGAGUCUACGACGCGGGGCGGGAGUAUACGGGAUGGGUGGGAGAAGGUUGAGGUGUGGCCGUAGUUGGGAGGGGGGAUGAGGAAAGAAAUACCUACGUUGAGAUGGGGGAAUAGGUAGGAAGUGAGGUCUAGCUGUCGCGAUAAAAUUUACCUACGUAGGUAACUGAAUAUAAAUAUAUACCUUCUUGCUCUAA